AUGAACUACGUGGGGCAGCUUGCUGAGACCGUCUUUGUCACCAUGAAGGAGCUGUACCGGGGUCUGAACCCUGCCACCCUGACGGGCUGCAUCGAUGUGGUCGUGGUGAGGCAGCCCGAUAACUCUUUCCAGUGCUCCCCAUUCCAUGUGCGCUUUGGGAAGCUGGGUGUGCUGCGCUCCAGGGAGAAGGUGGUUGACAUUGAAAUCAAUGGGGAGCCUGUGGACCUGCAUAUGAAGCUGGGUGACAACGGAGAGGCAUUCUUCAUCCAGGAGUCAGAGGUGAAUGAGGGCAGCAUCCCCUCCCGCCUCUGCAUGUCCCCCAUCCCCAGGGAGGAGAGCCCAGAGGGUCCCGCUCAGCCCUCUCACGGGCACGAGGCCUCCAGCGCUGAGGGGACCCUGCACAAGAGGAGGCGACGCAGGAGGAAGCCCAAGCAGAGGGAGGUGUUGGACUCAGCGUUAGAAGGCUGCGAGGAGACCAAAAGCAAGGUGUCUGUGGAGGAGCCAUGCAAGCUGCCAGCCCCCGGUGAUUCAGUGUAUUUCUCCUUCGCUGAUCUCCCUGAAGAAGAAACUGGGUCGUUGCAGUCCCCAGAGGUGCAUCCUUACUCUGACGGGGAGCUGGCCUCCAUGGACAGCCCCACCCUGAGCCAUCCUUCUUCUCCCAAAAGUGACUCUGAGCUGGAGAUCAGACCGCUGGAGAGUUUUGCUCUAGGAGCUGAAUCCUGCAUGCAGUGGACCUGGGGAAGGCUCCCUCAGGUGGGCUGGGAGGGCCUGGAGUCCCAGCUGGAAAGCCAGAGGAGACGAGGAUCCAUCAAAAGAAGCCCUCACUUGGGUCCCAGUGACAUUUACCUGGAAGACCUCUCCAACCUGGAUGAGGAGCAGGCGGCUCUCUAUUUCCCCAGGAGUAGUGACACAGAGCAAAGUUCAAAGCCUGUAGCAGACCCUAGCAGCUCUCUGUGUGUGCAGCUGCUGCCUGACUUGCCUGCUGACAGCCCCAUGGGCUCCAACUCUGAUUUCAUGCCGGCAGUUGCCCUCUCGCUGUGUGGAGGCCUUGGGGGCAGCAGGCAGAUCUCUCAUGAGAAGUUCAUGGAGCAUGUGGUCUCCUACCAGCAGUUUGCUGAGAAUCCAGGACUCAUUGAUGACCCGAACCUGGUGAUACUGAUCAACAAGAAGUAUUACAACUGGGCAGUGGCUGCUCCCAUGGUCCUGUCCCUGCAGGCUUUCCAGAGGAACAUUCCUGAGAGCACCAUCGACCGCCUGGUGAAGGAGAAGAUGCCAAAGAAGGGCAGCAGGUGGUGGUUCUCCUGGAGGAGGAGAGAAUUCCCAGCAGAGGAGGUGUCUGCAGUGGCGGCUGUGACAACCUUGUCCUCAGGCAGGGGUGAGCAGGAGGAGGAGGUGUCAACCAGUGAUGAUGAGCCCCGGCACCCUGGAGCCAUGUUAGCAGUGGAUGCCCCUGCACAGAAAUCUCAGCCAGCCUACAAGAAAUCCCUGCGACUCUCCUCUGAACAAAUCGGAAGGCUGAACCUGCAGGACGGCCCCAACGAGGUGGCGUUCAGCGUGACAACUCAGUACCAGGGCACGUGCCGCUGCGAGGCCACCAUCUACCUGUGGAACUGGGACGACAAGGUGGUGAUCUCGGACAUUGACGGCACCAUCACCAAGUCGGAUGCUCUUGGGCACAUCUUGCCACAUCUGGGAAAAGACUGGACUCAUCAUGGGAUUGUUACGCUCUUUCACAAAAUCCACCUGAAUGGCUACAAGUUCCUCUACUGCUCAGCCAGAGCGAUCGGCAUGGCUCAUGUCACCAAAGGCUACCUCAAAUGGGUCAACGAGCAAGGCUGUGCGCUCCCCAAGGGCCCCAUCCUGCUCGCCCCCAGCAGCCUCUUCUCUGCCUUCCACAGGGAGGUGAUUGAGAAGAAGCCAGAGGUGUUCAAGAUCGCCUGCUUGAUGGACAUCCAAAACCUGUUUGCCACGAAGCUGCCCUUCUACGCGGCCUUCGGGAACAGAGCAAAUGAUGUCUACGCUUACAAGCAAGUGGGCCUGCCGGAGAGCCGCAUAUUCACGGUCAACCCCAAGGGAGAGCUGAUCCAGGAGCUCACGAAGAACCACAAGUCAACGUACGAGCGGCUGUCGGAGCUGGUGGAGCUGAUCUUCCCUCCCCUGGGGCAGAGCGGGAGCGUUGCUCUGGUGUGUCCAGAGUACAGCCACUUUGCCUACUGGAGAUCUCCACUGCCUGCUGUUGACUUGGAGGCCUUCUCCUGA